UUGGCGGGCGGCGGUCAUUUCUCUCCUCCUGCAGCUGGCGCGCCCGAUGGCCGCGGCGGGGCUGCGGAGCCGCGGGCCGCCCCCGGAGCGUUUCGCGUCUCUGUGCCCGCAGCUCCUCGUGCCGCGCGGCGCCUGGCGCGGUUUCUCCGCGGGGGCGGACGGGGAGGAGCGCGUGAGCCGCGUCCUGCGCGAGAAAUUCCCCCGCGCCUCCGCCAUCCGCGUGGUGGACAUUUCCGGCGGCUGCGGGGCCAUGUAUGAGAUCCACAUCGAAUCGGAGGAGUUCCGGGAGAAGCGGACGGUGCAGCAGCACCAGAUGGUGAAUCAGGCGCUGAGCGAGGAGAUCAAGAGCAUGCAUGGGCUGCGCAUCUUCACCUCCGUGCCCAAAUCCUGAUGGAGCUGAGCGCUGCAGGAGGGGGUGUGAGGGGGG